CCGUCGCGUACGUAGAAGCCUCCCCUUCUUUUCUUAACCUCGAUACCACUCUAUCUUGUAGUGCUGUUGCCAUGAAUUUCGACGAAAUCGAAGAGCAGGACGGAAUUCGUUUCUCGUGGAAUGCCUGGCCAUCAUCCCGCAUUGAAGCCACUAAAGCUGUCGUUCCUAUUGCCUGUCUUUACACACCCUUGAAGGAACGUGAAGAUUUUGCGGCAAGCCCCAUUUGCUAUGAACCUGUCAUGUGCAAAGCUCCUUGCAGAGCUAUUCUCAAUCCCUUCUGUCAAAUUGACGUUCGUGGCAAGUUGUGGAUUUGCCCUUUUUGCCUUCAGCGUAACGCCUUCCCUCCACACUACAAAGAUAUCUCCAACACCAACUUGCCUGCCGAGUUGUUGCCAAAGUACACGACGAUUGAGUACAACCUGAACCGCUUUGCGAAUAUCCCGCCCAUCUUUUUGUAUGUCGUCGAUACGUGCUUGGAUGACGAGGAUCUUAAGGCUCUCAAGGACGCAUUGGUGGUGAGCUUGAGCUUGUUGCCACCUUAUGCCUGGGUCGGCUUGAUUACAUAUGGUACCAUGACUCAAGUUCAUGAGCUUGGAUUUGCUGAUUGCCCCAAGUCUUUCGUAUUCCGAGGUACCAAGGAAUAUGCUGCCAAGCAGGUCCAAGAGAUGCUCGGUUUGGCUGGAUCGGCAGUUCGUCCUGGUCAACCUGGUGUCCGCCCCGGUCAACCACCACAGAUGUCUGGUGCUGCUAACAGAUUCUUGUUGCCUGUCAAGGAUUGCGAGUUCGUGCUUACCUCAAUUCUCGAAAAUUUGCAACGCGACCCUUGGCCCGUUGCUAAUGAUAAGCGCGCUCAGCGCUGUACCGGCGUGGCCAUGAGCGUCGCGGUUGGCCUUUUAGAGACUACAUUCCCCAACACUGGUGCUCGUGUAAUGCUCUUCAGUGGUGGUCCAGCUACUGAAGGACCUGGUAUGGUUGUAAGCAACGAACUGCGUGAGCCAAUUCGUUCUCACCACGACAUUGAGAAGGAGACUGCGAAAUAUUACAAGAAGGCUGUCAAGUUCUAUGAUGCAUUGGCCAAGCGCGCUUCCACCAACGGCCACACUAUCGAUAUUUUUGCAGGCUGUCUUGAUCAGAUCGGUCUUUUGGAAAUGAAGUCCAUGGUGAACUCGACGGGUGGUGUCAUGAUCUUGUCCGAUUCGUUUAACACAGCCAUCUUCAAGCAGAGUUUCCAACGUGUGUUCCAAAAGGACAGCCAAGGACAUUUGCAGAUGGGCUUUAACGCAACACUGGAUGUGCAGACGACGCGUGAACUCAAGGUGUGCGGUUUGAUCGGUGGAGCCGUAUCGGCCAACAAGAAAUCAACCUACGUGGGUGAGACUGAGAUCGGUAUCGGCAACACAUCCGCAUGGAAAAUGUGCUCUCUCACGCCAAAGACUACCAACGGCGUCUACUUUGAAGUCGUCAACCAGCCUACUGUGCAGUUCCAGCCUGGCUCGCGCGGCUUGAUUCAAUUUGUCACGCACUAUCAACAUUCAAGCGGACAGUUCCGUCUGCGAGUGACCACGGUGGCCCGCAAUUUUGCUGAGGGUCAGAGCCCCGAAAUUGCUAAUUCGUUCGACCAGGAAACCGCUGCAGUUCUCAUGUCACGUAUUGCUGUGUUCAAGGGCGAGAUCGACGACGGUCCCGACGUGUUGCGAUGGCUCGAUCGUAUGUUGAUCCGCUUGUGCCAACGAUUCGCCGACUACCGCAAAGACGAUCCACACAGCUUCCGCUUGUCCGAGAACUUCUCGAUUUACCCGCAAUUCAUGUUCCACCUCAGACGUUCGCAGUUCUUGCAGGUGUUCAACAAUUCGCCUGACGAAACUGCCUUCUACCGCCACGUUGUCAACCGUGAAAACGUCGAUAAUUCGCUCAUCAUGAUUCAGCCCACGUUGACGUCGUACAGCUUUGACAACCCCCCACAACCGGUGCUGCUUGACAGUGUCUCUAUCAAACCCGAUGUGAUUCUUUUACUCGAUACCUUUUUCCAUUUAUUGAUCUUCCAUGGUGAAACUGUGGCCCAAUGGCGUGAAGCAGGCUACCAGGAACAGGAGGGCUACGAAAACUUUAAGCAGUUGCUGGAAGCCCCCGUGUUGGAUGCUCAGGAUUUGUUGAUGGAUCGAUUCCCCGUACCACGCUAUAUUGUCUGUGACCAGGGCGGCUCGCAGGCCCGUUUCUUGUUGUCCAAGCUGAACCCUUCCACCACCCACGCAUCCAGCAGCCCUUAUGGUGCUCCCCAGGGUGCUGCUAUCUUUACCGACGAUGUCAGCUUGCAGGUGUUUAUGGAGCAUCUGAAAAAGUUAUCUGUUGCAGGAACAUCGUAAAAUGAAUGUAUGAUCAACAACCCUCGACUCAAAAAAAAAAGGAUAUAGAUAGUCACCUCUUCUUUCCACCAACACUUUUAAUACUUUUUCUCCUUUCUUUACAUAUUAUAUAUCACUAUUUCUUUCAUUCUCUUUGGUGGCUACCCGUGUAAUAUGCAUUCGCUACAAACAAACCUGUUGAAUACGACCUAUAUCUGCAUUUAUUUCAAGUGAGGAAGACAGCUGUGUGCCUCUCUAAAUAUCCAUAUAUUCGACCAAUGAGCGGGCGGCUUUUAAAAUCGAUGGCUUGUCACUCACACACUGCCUGUAUAAACAAGUGUCGGCUCC